CUCUCUCUCUCUCUCUCUCUCUCGUUCCCUUUCUUCUGACUCCGUUUCGCAGAGAGAGAGAAGGCAGGGAAGGCGAGGGACGCAGACAGAAGUAUGGCGUUCUGGGGAGUUGAGGUGAAGCCCAGAAGGCCUUUUACAUAUCGACGCGACCGGCAUAAGGGGAGGCUGCAUAUAUCUACAGCCACCCUGAGCCAUGGUUCAUCAUUGGAUAAGAGUGUUUUGCAAUGUGCUAUCAAUGGUAGAAGACCUAUUUUCCUUUGUAUGCUUUCCCCAGGGCAAUGUGAAAGUUCCUCCAUUAAUGUUGAGUUUGAAGAAGAUGAUGAUGUUAUUUUUAGCAUCUUUGGUUCUCGUGGUAUCCAUAUCUUGGGAUAUUUUUGUCCACCACAUAUUCACCAUAGUAGUCAUACUAGUGAUUUGGAGCCAGUUGGGGAGGACAUCGAUGAGGAAUCGUCAUCAAGUCAUGAUUCUUCAGAUUAUGAUUAUGACGAUGAUUUUAUAGAUGAUAGCGGAGUUUUCCCCGAUGAUAGGAUUCGUAUGAAGAAGAGAAAACGAAGUAUUGGAAGCGACAAAGAUGAUCUCAAAGAGGAAUUUCUAGAUGAUAUUGGAGUUCUAUCUGAGGAUUCAAAGAAAAGUAAGAAGCGGAGAAGACUAAUUAUUUUGAGUGAUGAUGAAUUGGGUGAUGCAUCUAUUCCAAAAGAGGAACUUAUUGUCGAGGAUAUAUGUCAAGGUGAUGAAAAUGGUGAAAUGGCAUAUGAGGGGAAAAAAGUUCAUGUAAAAUAUGUGGGCAUGUUGCUGGAUAGUGGAGAAAUUGUUCAAAAGAGUAAACAAGGGAGGUUAUAUGAAUUUUAUAUAGGGGACGGAAAGACCAUAGAUGGCUUUGACGAAGGUGUUAGAGGAAUGAGGGUAGGAGGUAGACGUAGGCUGGUCAUCCCUCCAUCAAUGGGUUAUGGACAAGAAGGAUGGAAGAAAGUCCCAGGAAAUGCAUGGUUGACAUAUGAGGUCGAACUGGUCAAAGUUUGUCUUUAAUUUAAGUUAUCUUUUUUUUGUCUAGUGUCUUACCUUAUUUAAAUGGCUUUAGCUUAUUUUAAGGAUGACAAAAAUCAUUGUUCCUUGAUCCAUGCUUUUUUGGUGUGUGGUUUUGAACCAAGUACAUGUUGAAACAAUUCUAUGUAAACCCGACCUGUGGGCUGCCUUUUCUUUGAUAUAUACAGAGCACCCAACUUGUGGGCUGCCAAUUUUUGGAUACUUUUGUAAACUUUACCUUUUUAU